GGAAGCCACAGAUCUGGAGGGACAGAGGCAGGGACGAUUAGUUUAUUCCUUUGAGCUUUUCAGCCUUCAGUGCUGCUUCAAGAGAGCCUUAGGAGAUCUGGUAUUUGGGAGAGGGGCAUGAGGCAGCACCCGGAGGUGGAGCGUACGUAGGAAAGCACAAGGGGACGGUCCCCUGUUCUCUUCCCCCAGUGCUGGCCAUAGUUGCAGAAGGUGGACCGUAAACACAGGCAAAUAUUGACAGAAGUCAAGGUCAUGGCAAGACCAUUUGGCCCAUAUCUGUUGGGGAAGGAUCAACUUGCAGUUCCAAAAGAGUGGUCAACUGGAUUUGCAUUCCUGGAAACUGGGAAAUUUCUGAAACUGAGUUUUAAACCUGGCAGCUCUUGUACCCUUCUUUUGUAUCUCUGCAAAUUCUCUCCCCAUACAACUUCCUUCCUGUUGUAGGAAUUUUUUUUUUUUUUUUUUUUUUUUUUUUGCAUUUUCUCCAGAAAAGGGAAAUCAACAUAACCUCUUCUGUAGGAGGAAGGUGGCUAGUCUGCCGUAAGCGGGGUUAGAAGAUCUAUUCCACUCUGAAACAGGUGUCUGGGCUGGAUUAAUUCCAGCCUGGGUCAAGUAAUUGAUCAGCAGAUGUUUUUUCGGUUUGUGUGCUGUCUUGUGGUUGUGUGGCUGAUUUCUGCUUCAGACGAGAGCUGUUCGGAACCUCCCCCAGUGAACAAUAGCAUAUUUGUUGCAAAGGAGGUAGAAGGACAGAUUCUGGGGACUUACUUGUGUAUUAAGGGCUACCACUUGGUGGGUGAGAAAACCCUUUCUUGCAAUGCCUCUAAGGAAUGGAGUGGCCCCACUGCUAAAUGCCGCUUGGGCCACUGUCCUGACCCCGUGCUGGUAAAUGGUGAAUUCAAUUCUUCGGGGCCUGUGAAUGCAACUGACAAAAUCACGUUUAAGUGCGAUGACGACUACAUCCUCAAGGGCAGCAGUUGGAGCCAGUGUCUGGAGGACCACACCUGGCAACCUCCCUUUCCCAUCUGCAAAAGUAGAGACUGUGGCCCUCCGGGGAAUCCACUUCAUGGCUAUUUUGAAGGCAAUGAUUUCACUAGAGGAUCUACCAUUACUUAUUACUGUGAAGAGGGGUACCGCUUGGUGGGCACGCAGGACCAGCGUUGCGUGGACGGGGAGUGGAGCAGUGCCCUCCCGUCCUGCGAAGCCCCCAAACCCGCUCCACGGACCGCGUUGGAGAAGGCACUUCUUGCCUUUCAGGAGAAUAAGGACCUUUGCAAAGCUACAGAAGACUUCAUGCAACGAUUAAAGGAAUGUAACUUGACGAUGGAAGAACUAAAAUAUUCUCUGGAAUGGAAGAAAGCUGAGUUGAAGGGGAAAAUGUAGCUGGUAAUAGUGAUACAUCGAUGAAUAAAUUUUCCUCUUGGCUCUGAAA